AUGGCAAACCAGCAGCUGGAGGUGUUGGAGCAGCUGGCGGAGCUUGCCCCCACUCAAUUCCUGGAGCGCACGCCUGGGGGGCAAUCCACGCUGCGAGAGCUGUACAGCCAGGCCGCGGAAGCCGACCUGGUGCCCUCAUCAGCCGCCGCCGAUGACAUCGCGAGGCUGCACGGGCUGUGGGAAGUGGCUCUGGACCAUGGCAUGGGCGGGCUGGUGCUGGACUACCUCUCCCAGGUCUGCUUUGACCGCCUGCGCACCUCCAGCGACCCCCUGGAGUCGUUCCUGAUGGACGGCGAGUGCGUGAGGCGCUGGGUGCAGAAGCUGCUGGCCGUCAGCCGCGGACGCCUCGCUUCGUGGCUCGCCCGCGGCCUGAGCUCCGCCGGCGGCGCAGGCAUCCUGGCCAAGGAGCUGGGCCGGCUGCAGAUGCUGCACCUGGUGGCCGAGGGCCUGCAGCCGCACGCCGACGGCGGCAGCACGCAGCCCGCCGCCACCACCACCGCCGCCGCCGCCGCCGCCGCCGCCGCCGCCGAGGCUGGCGAGCUAGCUGAGGCCUCCCGCCUGCUGCUGUGCGCGCGCGUGCUGGCCUGGCUCAGCCAGCAGCGCCUGGCAUUCGAGCGCACCACCGGCCGCUUCUUCUCGGAGCAGGAGUGGCGGUCGGUGGCGGCCAAGCGGCGGGAGGGCGCCGCCGCCGCGGCAGGCGGCGGCGGCGGCCUCUUCUUGUCCGACCUGCUAUCUGAGCUGGCGCGGCACGGCCCGGACAGCCCCGCCUACCCACCCAGCUCGGCAGACCGGCUGCUCUCGGCACUCUUCCUGGCCCCCGGCGGCAGCGGCAGCGGCGGGGCGGCGGCGGCAGGCGGCGGUACUUUCAGCGGUACUUUCAGCGGUACACCCGGCGAGGCGGCGCUGCACGCCAGGCUGGCACUACUGGCGUACUACCUGGCCGACGGCGGCUUCAUGCAGGCGGAGGCGGUAGUGGAGGGGCUGAGGGCGCACUUUGGCGUGCCCCCCGCCACCGCCGCCGGCUGGCUGCUGCAGCAGCUGCUGGACGAGAGCGGCGGCGGCGGCGCCGCGGGCGCCGCGGCGCUGCAGCGCGCCGCACAGCUGGUGCCCGGCGCGGACGGCGCCGGGCUGCCGCACCGUGUGCUGCAGGUGCUUGUGGGCCGCGGCCGCCCCGACCUGGCGGUGCUCCUCCUGCGCCAGCGCCCCGAGUCGGCGGGAGGGCCGGGCGAGGCGGCGGCGGCGCUGGCCGUGAGAUUCCAGGCUGGGUUGCUCACAGAGGCAAUCCUGGGGGUGAAGCGCGCCCUGGCGGCGGCCGACGGCGGCGGCGACGGCGGCGCCGACGCGGCGCCGCUGCUGGGGCAGCUGCUGCAGUAUGCGGCGGCGACGCGGGGGCCCGACGGAAUGACUCUGGUGCAUGCCGUGGCGCGCAUGCCGUGGCGUGCGGCGGAGGAGGAGGCGGUGGUGGGCUGGCUGGAGGGGCAGGCUGCGGGGGGGCAGCUGGAGGCGGCGCUCAUGCUGCCCCUGUACUUUCUUCUGAGGGGGCGCACACCAGAGGCGCUUCACGCCUAUGCGCGCCAGUGCCCCGCGACGCCCACCACCCAGCAGCAGGCAGAUCUGGCUGAGCUGCUGGCAGAGGCUGCCCGCAUGCUGCCAGCGCCGCAGCGCGCCCUGGUGGUGCGCCGCGGGGCGGCGCCCGCACUGCUCCCGGCCGACGGCGGCGAGGAGGGCGGCGGCGUGGCGCUGAUGGCGGCGAUCCCGGCGGUGGCUGCUGACGUGGCGCCCGCCAUGCUAGCGGUGGGGCCCUCGCCCGCGCAGGCGCCCCUGGUGGGCAGCGUGCCUGUGCUGCUGGAACGGCGGCGCAUGGCGGCGCUGGCAGCCGCGCGGGCAGCCGCGGCGGAUGGCGGCCGCGACGCGCACGAGCCCGGAGCGGCGACGGCGCCCCGCGGCGGCGCUGCGCAGCAGCAGCCGCCCGCGCUGCUGUUUGGGCAGCAGCAGCCGGCGGCGGCGGCGGCGGCAGACGCCUCCCCAGCACCCUCGGCGGUCUUUGGGGCCACCGGCAAGGAGGCGCUGGCAAGCUCGGCGGUAUUUGGCGGCGGCGCCGCCGUGGCCCACGAGUUUGACCGAGUGCUGGGCCUGGGCAGCGGGCGGCCGGCCGCAGCUGGCGCGCGUGGCGGCAAGCGCCGCUGGGCCGGCGGCAGCGCGUAUCGCUGA